CCUGUAAGUGACCCCUCACCCACAUUCCUGUAAGUAACCCCAAGACAACUAAAUGACCCACCAAGUUGGACUUCGGUCAUAUCCCUACUUUGGUCUUGGUCUGUCUUGGGCUCCUUAUCCGGGCUGAGUAGACAGACAUGUGUGUAGUAUCUCCCCAGGAAAAGCCUUGUUACACAACAGCAAAACAUUUCUAGAAGUGAAGUUUUUAUUUGCUAGUGUGGGGUAUUGGAGUAUUGUCUCAGGUUUAUAAUAACCGAAAUGAAAGUGGGAUAAUGUGAAAAGCCAUGAAAACACAGUAGGCGAGCCUCAAGUGGUACUUCAACCUACACUUGUCCAACCUUUUUCAAGAUAUGUUCAUGGUUUUGAAGAUGGCAUAUUAACUGGAUUUAAUAGUAAACACUAAGUCUUAGAUAUCAAAGAGCUAAAGGAAAACUCAGAUAAAUAGCUGAAUAAAAGCAGGAAUAUUAUAUUAUAUAUAAAUAAAGAUAAUGAAUAAGUAAGCAAAAACACAGAAAGCAAAUAGAAACUAUGGACCUGAAAGUAUAAAAAAAUUGAUAUGGAAAAUUCCCUAAAAGUUCAACAACAGAUCUUAGCAGACAGAAGAACCUAUGGACUUGAAGAUAGGUUGAUUGAAAGUAUCCAAUGUGAGGAAUAUAAAGAAACUAGGAUUAAGAAAAGUGAAAAGAAUAGAGGAUAUAGCUGUCAAGAGACCUGGGUUCCAAGCCUUAGCACUAAAACAAUCAAAACAAAACAAAAAAACACUAGCUUGAUAGACUCACCUUAGCCUAUGGGCCGCAAUCAAGCAUGGAAAUUUGUGUGCUUUAGUUACUUUUCUAUUACUGUGACAAACCCUAUGAGCAAGGCAACUUAUAAAAGAAAGUAUUUAUUGGGGCUUACAGUUUCAGAGGCUGAGUCCAUAACCACUGGGGCAGAGGACAGUAGACCAGUAGCAGUAGCUGGCCAGUUACUUCCUUUCCGGUCUUCUCAGUCAAUAAUAAAUCAGAGCCCUGGCUAGACUAGUACCCUUUCAUUUCAUUCCAUUCCAGACACACGGGGGCGGAGGGGGAUGUGGAUUUGCUAGUCGCCAGUACUUAUACCAGUUUCUAUGAAGUUCCAAGUAACCACACUGCACACAACUGCACAAUCGUUAGGCCUGCUCCACAACAUCAGGAUUUCAGUGCCGAGAUGCAUACACUAUUUCCUGGGUGAGUGUUCUCAUUUAGCGUGGACCGCAACUCCAAGUUGGGCUUUCUCGGUCUAUGGAACAGAGGUCUGUGACAUGGGAUAUUUACGGUGGCUCUUUGAGGAUGCCUAUGAGGGGUGUUUGUUUAGAGCUGGAGAACAGCUUUCCUGCCAGUAGGCUUGGGUGGGCUUCCCUCUGGUAGGGUCCUACCUCAGAUCUCUGAAGGACCUCUGCUCAACCAAUAAUCACUCUUCGCGUGAUACGCUCCUUCUCUGCGCAUGUACACAAAAUCCCAAGGAGGUUAGAAUUCUAAGUGGGAGGAGAGUCGGUGAAGCUCAACGGACCUUGUCUUCAGCGGGCUUCUCAGCCAUCGUCCCUGUGAUUCCUCUGCUACUUUUGAAGCCACCAUCAACUAUAAUGGCUGAAGAAGGCGAAGAGUUUUCUGUGUGCUCAGAAAAUGAAAAGAAUCCUGCUGGAGAUGCUGUGGGUCCUCCAUUACCCAAAGUGAGGCGGAUUGUGACCAGUGUGCCCGUGGAGAUAAAAGAGGGAGAGCCCCAUCUUACGGCCUCAGUCAUUGAAAAGGAAGAAGGUGCUACCGUCGGCCCAAAGGCCCAGGAGGGGAUGGUGGAAGGUGGUCCCACCACAACCAAAGGCUCCCCAAAAUGGGUUCCAGCAAAGAAUGCUCCUUUUGACAAAUCUGCUUGUUUUAGCAGUGCAGGGCUAAUUCCUGAAGGUGGUGAGGCCACAUUUACAGGAGGAAUAGUUAGCAGAGAGAACCUUCUAGGUGCUCAGAGUUUUGCAGCACUGACCGAGGGCAAAGGUGUGUCCAGUGAGUACCUAGUAAGCCGUGAGAAAAUUAAUGCUGAUAUAAAACGUGAGCUAAUGAAGGAAAUUCGACGUUAUGGACGAAAAUAUGAAAGGAUUUUCAAGCUGCUUGAAGAAGUACAGGGACCUCUGGAAGUCCGGAAGCAGUUUUUUGAGUUUACCAUCAAGGAAGCGGGAAGAUUUAAAAGACGCCACUUAAUUCAAUGCCUUGAAAAGAAACGUGAAGAAAUGUUGUCACCCAUGUGAUUCUGUUAUUUCUGUGGUCAGCAUGAUACAACAAAUAGUAACAAAUAGUUGAAUGUAUUCCAGAAUGUAGUAGGAGGAUGCUGAAGUCUUCUAGCAUGUGUUAGCUUAGUUAACUUUGUUUAAGAAAACUAUUCUAAACUUAUGCUUAGUAAAUAAAUGGGCUUUUGUCCCUUGUGUUUUGUUUGCAAUAA